GUCGUAGAACACGUCAACCAAAGAGAAACACAGAAAUUGUACGUCAUUCUCUAAUUUCGUGUUUCGUCAUUUUUGGUCACUUUGUUCGUUGCAUAUUUGUCUUUAUCAGAUUAUCAUCAAUUCUUGUGUCCAUGCUCAUGACGUAGUGUGAAGUUUCAUUUUUGUAAGGCUGGAGAGAGUGAUUUAUUUACUUUUUUGCUACGUCACGGGACUGGUCCCAAAAUAGACGAACGUGAAGACAUUUUCCCCAUUUUCUUGUAAAAACUGUCAUGGACAGCAACAAAGAUGAGGCCGAAAGGUGCAUGGAAUUUGCGGAAAAGCAUCUCCGGGAUAAAAAGUUCAACGAGGCUGAGAAAUUUCUCAGAAAAGCCCAAAAAUUAUUUCCUACAAAGAGGGUCGAAGAUUUAUUGACGAGAGUAUCAAUGCUUUCAAAGCAAAGUCAAAAGACAGAACCUGAACCAGAACUUAGGAAACGACAAACUACUGCUAAAGAAGGAACUCAACAAGCUACUGCUGAAUUCUCCAAAGAUCAAAUUGAACAUGUCCGAAGAAUUAAAAAGUGCAAAGAUUAUUACGAGAUCUUGGGAGUGACCAAAGAGGCCACAGACAGUGAGAUUAAAAAGUCCUAUAAAAAAUUAGCUCUCCAAUUACAUCCAGAUAAAAAUAAAGCUCCAGGUGCUGCCGAGGCGUUUAAAGCGAUCGGAAAUGCUGUUGCCGUUUUAACCGAUGUGGAGAAACGAAAACAAUAUGAUUUGUACGGUUCCGACGAGGAAAGGAUGCAAACCUCGCAGUCUCGACAAACUCAUCAUUAUAAUUAUACUCGUGGUUUCGAAGCCGAUAUCACAGCAGAAGAGCUGUUUAAUAUGUUCUUCCGAGAUGUAUUUCCACAACAAGAUUUUUAUAUGCGACGGACAGGUGGCAGGUGGACGAGACAAAACGAUCAGCAAAGUCAACACGCCCAUACUCAGGCAAAUGGAUACACCACAUUCCUUCAGAUGUUACCUGUUUUGUUACUGAUAGUAUUAACAAUGAUGAGCAGUUUUUUUAUAUCUGAUCCUGUGUACAGUUUACAUUCUAGCGCUAAAUAUACCGUUCCUAGAACGACGCAAGGUCUGAAAGUGCCAUACUUCGUGAAAGAAAAUUUCCACAGCGAGUAUCAAGGCAGUUUGCGAAGACUAGAAAUUUCAGUGGAAGAGGAAUAUCUGAGUUACUUGAGGCAAACCUGCUUUAGAGAAAAGAACUACAGAGAGUCGAUGAUAUGGAAGGCGAGAAAUUUCGGUGACCAAGAUUUAUACCAGCGAGCCAGAAACAUGGAAAUGCCUUCGUGUAAAAAAUUACAAGAGAUGCAAGCAUCAUAGCAUUUCUUUGAAUAUUAAUCAACCUUUUUUUGGUGUAUUGUAGAUAGGUGUAUGUUUGGUUUGCGCGCAGUCGAAAAUAUUGUUUAUAUUACGAGAAUUAACUAUCAAUGUUGACAAAUAUUAUCGUUUAUAAUUUUAAAUUAGACGUGCUUUAGUUUUAUUUAUCAGUACAUCCUCAUUCCUUAGUCAUUCUCUACAUAUAUUUACAAAAAAUAGACUUGCGUAAUUGCCUUUAGAUUAAUGAAUCGAGCUGCAAUCGAAAAAAAAAAUUCGAACGUUACAUACAUGAAACUAUUAUAUUUCUUUCAAACACCAAAAACAUUAGUUUAGAUUUUUAAGAAUGUUUGAAAGCUUGUUUUUCAACCUGAGCCGAUUAGAAUUUACAAUCAAAGUCACAGGUUGUGAUUUUUUUCAAAGUGAGAACAGGAGAUAUGAGGUAGAUUAAUCCAGUGUAUAAAUUCAACAUUGUUAAAUAUCUUUAUCUAGCGGAAAAAGUUUAUUUAUUUGAUCUUUAGGUCUAUAACACACUGUAUUAAAUGUGUGGCGAAAUGUGUUGAAUCUUGCUAAUAAAAUAGAUUCUAUAUGACUAAGUGAACAUUACUAUAGAUUAUCUUUUGUUAAAAUUUUUAAAAAAUUGCCAAAUUCCAUAGCUUUAUUUGACAUAUUUCACAGAUUAUUGCAAAGCCCAACAAUAUUUUAAAUUGGUUUUUAGUUGUUAAUAUUAAACAUAGAAAAACAUGUAAAAAUAUCAGUUUAGAUACAUAGAUGUGAUUGAAUAAAAUGAUGAGAAGAUAGAA